AUGAACAAGUUCAGUUUCAUUGCAGUAUUCUUGUUUGGGGCUAUUUUCUCUCUAGUUACUACUGAACCUACAGAAGAUAAGAAGAUCUUACUCGAUUUCAUCCAAAAAAUUCCGCAUUCUUCUGCGAUUAACUGGAGAAUGAAUUCUUUGGCUUGUAGUAACUGGACUGGGGUGACAUGCGAUCAUCAACGUUCAUCGAUAAUAGCUCUUCGUUUGCCUGCGCUUAGUUUUCAUGGCCCUAUACCUCCAAACACUCUCAGCCGACUAUCAAAUCUUCAGAUCUUGAGCUUAAGAUCCAAUGGAUUAUCAGGUCCUUUUCCAUCUGAUUUCUCCAAUCUGAAAAACUUAACAUCUCUACAUCUUCAAUGCAAUAACUUCUCUGGUCCAUUACCUUUGAAUUUAUCCGUCUGGAACAAUCUCUCUGUUCUUAAUCUCUCCCACAAUGGUUUUACUGGAAGCAUUUCUCCUUCCGUUUCAAGUCUGACUCACCUCACAGUUUUGAGUCUCGCUAACAACUCACUUUCCGGUGAAAUCCCCGAUUUCUGUAUCUCGAGUUUACAGAUUAUAGAUUUGUCCAACAAUUUUUUUCACUGGAACCGUGCCUCGAUCUCUCGGAAGAUUUCCUAG